ACCACGUUCCCCUUCCAUCUCUGCAGCUGAAGGCACCCGGUGCACCGACCCGCCUGCAGGAAAGACCGCAAUGGCGGCCAAGCGCAAAGGUGGCCUGAAGCUCAAUGCCAUCUGUGCCAAGCUGAGCCGCCAGGUGGUGGUGGAGAAGGGAGCAGAGGCAGGCUCCCAGGCCGAGGGCAGCCCACCGCGGCCCCGCGACAAGGAGCGCAGUGGCCCUGAGCCUGGGAUAGCCCGGACACCCCGCAGCGAAGAGGACAAGAGGCGGGCAGUGAUCGAGAAGUGGGUCAACGGGGAGUACAGUGAGGAGCCAGCACCCACGCCCUUGUUGGGGCGAAUCCCCCGAGAGGGCCUGGAGCUACCACCCGAGGGCGUCUACAUGGUCCAGCCCCAGGCCUGCAGCGAUGAGGAAGACCACACGGAAGAGCCCUCCAAAGACAGUGGCGUCCCGGAGGAGAAGGACUCAGAUGGGGCAGUCUCAAAGGAUGAUGGUGGCCCCAGCGCCAAGCAGGCUUCAGGAGAGUCCUCUUCACUCAGAGACUAUGCAGCCUCCACCAUGACCGAGUUCCUUGGCAUGUUUGGCUAUGAUGACCAGAACACGAGGGACGAGCUGGCCAGGAAGAUCAGCUUUGAGAAGCUGCACGCGGGCUCCGCCCCUGAGGCUGCCACGUCCUCCAUGCUGCCCGCCUCGGAGGAUGCCCUCAGCAAACGGGCACGGUUCUCGAAGUACGAAGAGUACAUCCGCAAGCUCAAGGCUGGGGAGCAGCUCUCCUGGCCAGCCCACGGCACCAAGGCGGAGGAGCGGGCGGGCAAGGAGGUGGUGGGUCCCCUGCCCGGCUUGCGGUUGCCCAGCAACACCACCCAUCUGGAGACCAAGGCCACCAUCUUGCCCUUGCCGUCUCACAGCAGUGUCCAGAUGCAGAGCCUGGUAGCCCGUGCCUCCAAGUAUGACUUCUUCAUCCAAAAACUGAAGACGGGUGAGAACCUGCGGCCCCAGAAUGGGAGCACCUACAAGAAGCCAUCCAAGUACGACCUGGAGAACGUCAAGUACCUGCACCUCUUCAAACCAGGGGAGGGCAGCCCUGACAUGGGCGGGGCCAUCGCCUUCAAGACGGGCAAGGUGGGGCGCCCCUCCAAGUAUGAUGUUCGGGGCAUCCAGAAGCCCAGCCCUGCCAAGGUUCCACCUGCCCCCAGCCUGGCUCCUGCACCCCUCGCCAGUGUGCCCAGUGCUCCCAGCGCCCCCGGACCUGGGCCGGAGCCACCUGCCUCCCUAUCCUUCAACACUCCUGAGUACCUGAAGUCCACCUUCUCCAAAACAGACUCCAUUACCACGGGGACCGUCUCAACCGUCAAGAACGGAUUGCCCACAGAUAAACCAGCUGUCACGGAAGAUGUAAACAUUUACCAGAAAUACAUUGCCAGGUUCUCAGGCAGUCAGCACUGCGGUCAUAUCCACUGCGCCUACCAGUAUCGUGAACACUACCACUGCCUGGACCCGGAGUGCAACUACCAGAGGUUCACCAGUAAGCAGGAUGUGAUCCGGCACUACAACAUGCACAAGAAACGUGACAACUCCCUGCAGCACGGCUUCAUGCGCUUCAGCCCGUUGGACGACUGCAGUGUCUACUACCACGGCUGCCACCUCAAUGGAAAGAGCACCCACUACCACUGCAUGCAGGUGGGCUGUAACAAGGUGUACACAAGUACGUCCGACGUGAUGACGCAUGAGAACUUCCACAAGAAGAAUACGCAGCUCAUCAAUGAUGGUUUCCAGCGCUUUCGAGCCACAGAGGACUGUGGCACGGCAGACUGCCAAUUUUAUGGACAGAAAACCACACACUUCCACUGCAGGCGCCCUGGCUGCACAUUCACCUUCAAGAACAAGUGUGACAUCGAGAAGCACAAGAGCUACCACAUCAAGGACGAUGCUUACGCCAAGGACGGCUUCAAGAAGUUCUACAAGUACGAGGAGUGCAAGUACGAGGGCUGCGUGUACAGCAAGGCCACCAACCACUUCCACUGCAUCCGCGCCGGCUGCGGCUUCACCUUCACCUCCACCAGCCAGAUGACCUCCCACAAGCGCAAGCAUGAGCGCCGCCACAUCCGCUCCUCGGGCGUGCUGGGGCUGCCGCCCUCCCUGCUGGGAGCCAAGGACACGGAGCAUGAGGAGUCGAGCAACGAUGACCUGGUUGACUUCUCUGCCUUGAGCAGCAAGAACUCCAGCCUGAGCGCCUCCCCCACCAGCCAGCAGUCCUCUGCCUCCCUGGCCGCCGCUGCCACUGCCACUACCACCACCACCGAGGCUGUGCCCAGCGCCGCCAAGCCCCCCAACAGCAAGGUCUCGGGGCUUUUGCCCCAGGGCCUGCCUGGCUCCAUCCCACUGGCACUGGCCCUCUCCAACUCCGGCCUGCCCACCACUGCACCCUAUUUCCCCCUCCUUCCUGGCAGGGGAAGUGCUUCCCUGCCUGUGGGUGCCCCUGGCCUCUUGGGUGCCAUGUCUUCUGGGGCAGCAGCUUCGGCAGCUGCUGACAUGCCUGCUCUGGUGGCCUCAGGAGCUGGGGACUCAGCCCCAGCAGCUGCCAGCUCUGUCCCAGUGGCCCCUGCCUCCAUCAUGGAAAGGAUCUCUGCGAGCAAAGGCCUCAUCUCACCUAUGAUGGCCAGACUGGCUGCGGCCGCCCUCAAGCCCUCUGCCACCUUUGACCCAGGAAGUGGGCAGCAGGCCACCCCCGCCAGGUUCCCCCCGGCCCAGGUGAAGCAGGAGCCCUGCAGCGGCGACAGCACUGGUACCCCGGGCCCACACGAGGCUGCCCACGACCGCAGUCUUGACCUGACUGUGAAGGAGCCCAGUAAUGAAUCAAAUGGCCACGCAGUCUCGGCAAAUUCAUCUCUUUUAUCCUCGCUUAUGAAUAAGAUGUCUCAGGGUAACCCUGGUCUCGGCGGCCUGCUGAACAUCAAGGCAGAAGCAGAGGGAAGCCCCGCCACAGAGCCCUCACCCUUCCUGGGCAAGGCUGUGAAGGCACUCGUUCAGGAGAAGCUAUCGGAGCCCUGGAAGGUGUACCUUCGCAGGUUUGGUACCAAGGACAUCUGUGAUACCCAGUGUGACUUCCUCCACAAGGCCCACUUCCACUGUGUGGUGGAGGAGUGUGGCGCGCUCUUCAGCACCCUGGACGGGGCCAUCAAGCACGCAAACUUCCACUUCCGGACAGAGGGAGGAGCAGUGAAAGGAAACCCAGAGGCUUCCUUCGCAGCCUCUGCCACAGAGACCAAGCCUCCCCUGGCACCCUCAUCCCCCCCGGCACCCCCUGGCACCAUAGCCCCAGGGGCUUCUUUGGAGGGGCCCACUCCCAACUCGGCCUCAGUGCCCUCCACCCCUACCCUGCUCGCCUGGAAGCAGCUGGCUUCCACCAUACCCCAGAUGCCUCAGAUGCCCGCAUCAGUGCCUCACCUGCCCGCUUCACCCUUGGCGACGACUUCUCUAGAGAACGCCAAGCCCCAGGUCAAACCCGGAUUCCUCCAGUUCCAGGAGAACGAUCCUUGCCUCGCGACGGAUUGCAAGUACGCCAACAAGUUCCACUUCCACUGUCUCUUCGGGAACUGCAAGUACGUCUGCAAGACUUCUGGCAAGGCUGAGUCCCACUGCCUGGACCACAUCAACCCCAACAACAGCCUGGUGAACGUGCGAGACCAGUUCGCUUACUAUUCCCUGCAGUGUCUUUGUCCCAACCAGCACUGUGAGUUCCGGAUGCGCGGACACUACCACUGCCUCCGGACUGGCUGCUACUUCGUGACCAACAUCACCACCAAGCUGCCAUGGCACGUAAAGAAGCAUGAGAAGGCUGAGCGGCGGGCAGCCAAUGGAUUCAAAUACUUCACCAAGCGCGAGGAGUGUGGCAGGCUAGGCUGCAAGUACAACCAGGUGAACAGCCACUUCCACUGCAUCCGGGAGGGCUGCCAGUUCUCCUUCCUGCUCAAGCACCAGAUGACCUCCCACGCCCGGAAGCACAUGCGGAGGAUGCUGGGGAAGAACUUUGACCGCGUGCCCCCGUCCCAGGGAGCCCCAAGCCUGCUGGAUGCCGAGACAGACGAGGGCAUGGAUUACACUGGCUGCAGCCCUGGCGCCGCCUCCUCCGAGUCAUCCACCAUGGACCGGAGCUGCUCCAGCACCCCGGUGGGCAACGAGAGCACUGCAGCAGGCUGCCCGGCUCCUCCUCCUCCUCCUCUUCCUCCUCCUGCUGCCGCUGGUGACGAGGCUGCCCGCGGGGCUCCACAGCCCCCCCUGGCUCCAUCCUUCCCCCCGGCUGUGCUGCGGCCACCCCUUCCUCCCCUCCCAUGCCUCUUCUCUCCGUCCUGUCUCUCAUACUCUCUGCUGGGUGCCAGCCUUGGAGCCAGCCGGGGCCUGGCCCACCCCAUCAGCAGCUUCCCGCCCGUCACUGCCACUCCAACUCCAGUAAAAAGUGACGUCCCCCUAGUUCAGGAUGCCGCAGGGAACACCAUCUCCAUGCCCACCGCCUCAGGGGCCAAGAAGCGCUUCUGGAUCAUCGAGGAUAUGUCGCCCUUUGGCAAGCGCCGGAAGACAGCGUCCUCACGCAAGAUGCUGGACGAGGGCAUGAUGCUGGAGGGCUUUCGACGCUUUGACCUCUACGAAGACUGCAAGGACGCGGCCUGCCAGUUCUCGCUCAAGGUCACUCACUACCACUGCACCCGCGAGAACUGUGGCUACAAGUUCUGCGGCCGCACGCACAUGUACAAGCACGCGCAGCACCACGACCGCGUGGACAACCUGGUGCUGGACGACUUCAAGCGCUUCAAGGCCUCGCUCAGCUGCCACUUCGCCGACUGCCCGUUCUCGGGCACCAGCACGCACUUCCACUGUCUGCGCUGCCGCUUCCGCUGCACCGACAGCACCAAGGUCACGGCGCACCGCAAGCACCACGGCAAGCAGGACGUGAUCAGCGCCGCGGGCUUCUGCCAGUUCAGCUCGAGCGCAGACUGCGCCGUGCCCGACUGCAAGUACAAGCUCAAGUGCUCGCACUUCCACUGCACCUACCCCGGCUGCCGCCACACGGUGGUGGGCAUGUCGCAGAUGGACUCGCACAAGCGCAAGCAUGAGAAGCAGGAGCGCGGGGACCCGCCUGCCGCCUCGCCCUCGCCCUCGCCCUCGCCCGGGGGCCUGGAUGGGGCGCUUGCGCUCGGUGCCGAGCCCGGGGCCUCACUGCUCUUCCUGCAGUCGGCAGCCGCGGGCCUGGGCCUCGCGCUGGGCGACGCCGGCGACCCCGGCCCGCCUGAUGCAAAGGCUGCCGCCCUCGGCCCCCCGGAGGGAAGCCCGGUGCCUGGCUCGGCCAGCGCCAGCCUGCAGGCCGCGGGGGAGUCCUCGCCGGAGGACGAGGAGGAGGAGCUGGAGAUGCAGGAGGAGGACGAGGACGAGGACGAGGACGAGGAGGACGAGGAGGAGGACGACGACGACGAGGACGACGAGGACCUGCGCACCGACUCGGAGGAGUCGCUGCCCGAGGCGCCGGCCGAGGCCCCCGCGCUGGCGGCCCUGGGAGCCCCGGGGCCCGCGCCCAGCUCGCCCGGCCGCCCGCUCGUCCGGACCGGGAGGGGAGGCGCCCGCGCCCCGCCGGUGCUUCCGGACCCCGAGUCCAUCUCAGGACAGAGGCGGGGACCCCUGGUGCUCCGGGCCGGACGCGCAGCUGAGCGGCUGGAGGACCCGCGAGGCGAAGGCGGGGAUCUUCAGGGAAACGCAGGACUAUAA